ACCGAACUUAGCACUGCGCAUGCGUAAAGGUAAACAACUGAAGGCUUAUCGUAAACUGAUAAAAACACUGCAGCGGCUGAGCUUUUUACAUCGUCUUCUUUAAAAUUAUCUCUAAAAAUAUUGAAAUGAAUUUGUGGAAUUAACAAAAAUCUAAGCCCAUCUUUAAAAUUAAGGUAAAUGCAUUCGUAAGCUGAUUGGAUUUCGAAGAUCUGUGAUACCUAUAUUAUUCGUAAUGGCGUCUACAACGGUCAACGGCUGCUGUAAAGAUGAUACUUAUUGGAUAACCGCAAUUGGCAAUCCUAAUGUGGACCUGAUUGUAAAAGUAGAUGACACUUACCUGUUCGAUAAAUAUAAUUUAGCUAUCGAUGGCCAUCUUCCAACACAUCCGGAAUUUAUGGAUAAAGUCAGAGCGGAUGUUUUCGAGCGUAAUUACGAAGUGUUAUGUACUCCUGGAGGAUGUGCCCAAAACACGCUGCGAGUGUUGCAGUGGCUGAUUGGCGAUCCGUCUUGUAAAUGUGCCAUGAUCGGUUCGAUCGGCGUUGAUAAAGAAGCCGAAUUUUUAGAAAAAGAAAUGAAGAAAGCUGGAGUAAAUGCGAUAUAUACGAAACUGAACGAUUACCGAACAGCUUCGGUGAUCGGUAUCACUUACCAGAAAAACCGAUCAUUUGUUUACGGCUUGAAAAUGGGAGCAGCGUCUCAAUAUUCACUGCCAAUUUUACUCGCCAAUCCAGACGCUGUUUCAGCCCUCAAACGAUCCAAGAUCGUCCACCUAGAAGCUUUUUUCACCAUACACUCGAUGGAAGUGGGUUUAGAAGUACUAAAGAUAUGUUCUUCGAGCGACGCCAUCACCUCUUUCAAUUUAUGCGGCGAAUACACGUUGAAAAUGAACAAAAACGCUGUAAUAGCUUUCUACGACGCUUGCGACAUUGUUAUCGGAAACUUACCUGAAUUUUAUUCGCUCUGCGACGAGUUAUCGAUGAAACGUGAUCAUCCCAGAGAAGCUUUAGAGCAACUCCAUCGUAGAAUCAUGAGCAACGUUAAAAACCAAAGAAACUACGCUAUUAAAUCGUUCGAAAAAUAUGGUAAAAUUAUAAUCGCCACGAACGGUAGCGAACCCGUAUAUUGUUAUACUAAAUGCGAUGGUUUUAUCGAGUUUCCCAUUCCUGCCGUCGAUCCGGGUAAAAUAAAAGAUACCACAGGAGCCGGAGAUGCUUUUUUGGCCGGAUUUCUCCACGGUAUACUGCACGAUGCUCCUAUUACCAAAUGUUUGGAGCUUGGGUAUCGUAUGGGGGCGGAAAUCAUCCAACAACACGGUUGUGUUUUACCCGAUAAAGAUCCUGCAAUUUUUACCGAUAAUUUGUGAUAAUUGGCCGAUUUAUACUAUAUUUCGUUGUUUGUUAUACCUUUUAUGUAAAUCUAGUAGAGUUGCACUGUUUUUUUUUAUUUCAUUUUUUGUUGAAAAUGUCUCUAUUACAAUUUUUAAUCAUC